CUGCCGUUGGCCAUGCUGCUCCAGGUCUGGUACGAUGGGGAAAGCUACAACCUGCAGUGUGGGACGGGCAUGCAAAGAGUAGCAUGGAUAGCAAGGGUAGCGGCUCAAAGGUUCGGGGCUGCGGGGAUCUGGUGUUCUCCUGGCAAGGAAGUCCAGAGGCCGAAGGAGUUUAUCCCAGGGCGCGUGUUUUUGUAUCCCUCCGAGCAGGAGCUCGACCCAGAGGCUACUAUCCUCUCCCUCGUGGAGGGGGAACCAGAGUCAGAGGAGGUAGUGAUCUCAGUGCUUGUCGAGCUCAGAAGCAAGCCUGCCCCUGGCCUCCCCUCCCUUGCUGCGCAUGGCAGCGAGGACAACGUGGUCCCGCCGAAGAGCAGCAAGUCGGCUCUCAACUACAAGAUGGAGUUUGAUGAGCGAGGGCGGGUCGUUACUAUGAUGCCGGCUCCGCUUCCCGGGCCCAGGCAGGGGUACGAUUUCAUGGAGUGCUAUGAAAA